UUUUUCUGCGUUAUCGCCGGUACGAUACUGCGCAAAGUUUCAAGAAUUCGGCACGUGAAGAUGCUUAUGCCGGAAAAAUUAUUUGAUAUACUAUAGCACCUGAAGUUUUUAUUUAAAAAAGCAGACUUUUAAAUCUGAUAUUUAUAGUAUUGCAAUGCUCAUGUGGGAAAUUUCUUCUGGACAACCACCAUUUAUUAAUUAUGAACAUAAUUAUUAUCUUGCUAUGAAUAUUGUUAAUGGUUUAGGACCAAAAAUUGUAUCAGGAACUCCUUUAGAAUAUAAAAAGAUGAUAGUCAAAGAUUUCUCGGCGAAGAUCAAAAUGACGAUAUAUAACAAGAAUAGUAAUGUCCGGUUUGUUUUGGAACAUCUAUAGAGGCGGGAAAAUCGAUUAAUGUCAUAAUGACAUGUUCUAAGAAUCUGGCCGAACAAUAUAAACCAACUUACUUUAUUAUUACUUUGCGGAAAAUACGAGUUUGAUAUUGUUGGUGCAAAUAAUGGAUCAAUCUUGGAAUACACUUGGAAAAUCUGAUCAAUAGCAUCCCCUUAAUUUAACAAUAAAGAAUUUAACGCUAUCCAUAUAUAAGGAUCAUCAAGGGGCUAUACAUAUUUUUGAGAAUGUGCGAGAAAGUAUGAGAAUAAAUUAUUACUUGUUCCCGUGAUACUGUAACGAUUACUAUAAUAUUACUGCGCAUUGAUUUAUCAAGCUAUGAUCAAAAAAUAAAAGCACACUUUGCUUCAC